AGGAGUUUCAAACUCCGCCGAAACGAAGUUUGAAACUCCGACAAAGCGGCGAAGUCAUAUAACUUAUGGAAUUCGAAUUCCCAUGAAAAUGGUCGGUGAACCAAAAUCGGGGUUAAGUGACCAC